AAUCACUACUCGAAAACGUCAUAUUUGAUAAAUUUACUGGUUGCAAAAAACAAAACUGCUAGCCUAUCUUGGUUAUGGAAACAACGAUCGUCCCAUUGGGCCACCAAAUAUCACUGGCAAGAACGGUCCAAGACAGCAAUAGAUUUUCAGCGUAAUCUUGUGUAUGUAAGGAAGGCUUUCAACCAGAACGCGAAGACCUUUCUUCCAACAAAAGCAAAAUCACCUGCCACCUGUAUCAGGCAAAGCCACUCUUUCUUCUUCAUCAACUGAACCACUCUUGCAACAGCACAGAACCGUACGUCCACACACCUUCAAUUGAUACUUACUAUUCGAGAUGAAGUCUUGCACCACCACCUUCUUGACAGUUGUUCUCGGUGCUACUACCACCAUGGCCCUCCCGGCUGCUGGUCAGACUGGCCAAGCUCUCGCUCGGCGAGGCGACUGCAUUGCCUCCUACCACUUUUGCUAUGAUGGCGAACAGUGCUGCAGCGGCAUCUGUAUUGGUGGUAGCUCCACCCGCGGUGGCUACUGCAGCGGCCACAAGGAGGACACCUGCUAUUCUCCUGGUGAGUUCUGUUUCAACAGCGAUGAUUGCUGCGCUGGUAGAUAUAUUGGCAUAGGAAGCCAAAUUACUCUCUACGGCGAAUGCAGCAUAGUAAAGGGCUAAUUCAGAGAAGUUUAAAACGGGGCGGAAGGGGAUCUUGGUUCUCAUGGACAACGGACUGCCGUUUGAGUGAAAUGCCACGUUUGGCAGGACAGUAAUAAUUGAUCCUCACCACAGCACAGAGCGCUGAUUAUUGCAACAUCAAUUGCAAUCUUUCUGAGGCGCGGCCAUAGAUAGCUCAAGAAAAUCCGACUUGCCUUCGAGGCUCUUUCACC